CAGUGAUCUAGAUCGCAUACGCCGUGUUAUCCUGGGUUUGGUCAAACCUGUACCUGUCACACUAUGGAUGGCUCCGCGCCAGCGCAUCGUCAAUAAUCUUUCGCUAGUCCGACGCUUUCUGACUGUUUCACAAGUACGCUGGUUCUCGCUGCUUUUGCAGCUUUGUAUUUCAGGCGAGGCGAACGCUGUUUGGCGCAUUUCGGUCGCUGACCCUGCUCGGCCUUUGCGUCCUCAGCUGUUUUUACCUACUUCCAAAGGCUAUGAAACAUAGUAGCAGAGCUUCCCCUCCAAAAUACUGCGACGCAUAGACUGUUGACCACGACAACAUGCAUGUUGACGGCAGUAUAGCACGGCCCGCGAUGAAGACAAGCGAUUACUCCACAUCCCAGCAGCCCCCGCUUACAACCGAAGCCGCUGACACCAGCACUGGCGAGGCCGGUCGGCCCCUAAGCUUCCAGUCACGUCCGAUGGAGCCGCCCACACCUGUACCUCCACCACAGCACACACGAAGCCUCUCAUCCGAGCCCUGCACCAUAGCUGCUGCCAACUCUCCCCGCGCCUCGCCUGUUCCUAGCCCAAUAGCCGCCUUGCCGCCUUCAACGGACGCUUCAGAGCUGCCUUGCCAGCCGCAACCAUCUUCUGCGGUCAACGGCACAACGAGCAACCAGCCGCACAGCAGCGUUCAUCCCCCCGAAGCUGCAGCAGCAGCAGCAGCACCGUCGGUACUAGUCAGCGCCUCUGAGGGCAGCAGCACCUCCGACUUCACUGCUUCACAGCCGAUGCGCUGUCAGACGGAGGAGGAGAAACAGGCAGGUGUACAAGGUGGGGCAACCGGCGAGGAGGUGGUCGCAUCGUGUGAGAGCGAAGCAGCGCAAGCUGUGGAGGGAGGGCUGGAGGCCAUGCAUGCUGGACUCGAACCGCCGCCGCCGCAGCAGCAGGGGGUGCAGCCGCAGAAGUCGGGACAGCUGGGACAGCCGGCGGAGGAGGCGGCGGCCGAGGCAGCACCCAGGGUGGUGGUGGAAGGGGGACAGGAACAGGAGGGGCCGGCGGCAUGCACGCUGGCAGCACUCGAGCAAGGACAACGGGAGGAGCAGCAGCAGCCGCACUCGCAUCGGGAGGAGGGCGGACAUCAGGAUGCUCAUCCAUACCAGCAGCAGCAACAUCAGGAAGACAAGGCAGGUGUUGGUGAGACAAAGGAGGAGGAGCAAGAGCAGCAGCAGCAACAACAUCAGGAAGCCAAGGAAAGCUACGAGCAGGCAGCGGACGAGGCUGAACGGGAGGAGCUGGAGGAAGAGCGGCGGCAGCAGCAGCAGCAUGCCGAGCCGCUCAAGGAGAGGCACGGGUCUCCUAGCAAGCUGACGGGCUGCGGGCUGUUGCGGUCGCAGCAGCGGUCCUUUUCAGGCGACCCAGACUAUGAGAUUCCCCGAGGCCUGCUUUCAGAAACCCAAGUCCUCAUGAUCCACCAAGAACGUCGGCGCCUCAGGCUCGAUCCGUACGGAUUCGUGAUUCCCGUACAAGAUCCAGACGCUGGUGGCAAUGACGGCCAUGCAACAAGCGGCAGUGACGGUGGUAACACCGCACGUCGCACCAGCGGGGCCGCUGCCAGCACCAGCGGUCGCGACGAUGACUCCACACAUCGCCACCACCACCAGCAUCCUCGCCGGCAGCCCUUGCUGCGACGGCUGUGGAUGCGGAAACAGCAGCAGCCGAAACCGCAGGCGCAACAGCAACCUAACCUGCAGUUGCAACAGCAGCCUCACAGACAGCACCCUUACACGUAUCCUCAAGAGCAGCAGCAGCGGCAGCAGCAGGCGCUGGAGCGGUUACGCAAGUGGCGCAAGAUGCUGGGGACUGGGGGCGCGGCAUUGGAGGCUUACGGGCAGAGACGACCUGAGAAGUUGAAACGUCGCGUGCGGAAGGGCGUUCCCGAGCAGUUGCGGGGACUGGCCUGGCUGGUACUGUCGGGCGGUCGGAAGCUAAUGGCAGCGAACCCGGGUACAUUCGCGGCGCUAGCAGCGGAGGAAACGGCGGCGCCAGCGGGUCCCAGUACGACAAGGACAAGAGGGGCAGCAGCAGCAACGUCAGCGGCGGCGACAGCGGGGGAACCGUCAGGGAGACCGGGACCCGCGAGUCAAGGAGAGACAAUGGCAGCUACGAGUUCCGAAGAUGCCGCGGCUGGGGGUGGUGCAACGGGGACAACGGAUGUUGCAUCAGCCGGGUUGCAUGCGGGGUCAGACUCCUCCCAACAAGCGAGGAGCGCACCCACCUCCACCCCAGAUGCUCCUGGCCCCGCCCCCGCCCCCUCCUACCCGCGUCUUGACCCCUCCGUGGACGCUUGCAUCAUGCGCGACCUCAACCGCACCUUCCCCACCCACAUCUUCUUCAUGGAGCGACAGGGGCCCGGCCAGCGCGCGCUGUACACCGUACUGCGGGCUUACGCGCUGUACGACACAUCGGUGGGCUACGUGCAGGGCAUGGGUUUCAUCGCGGCGGUGCUGCUGCUGUACCUGGAUGCGGAGGAGGCGUUUUGGACGCUGGUGGCGAUUAUGCAGGGUCCGCUGGGAGUGGCGGGCGGCGAGGGGCUGAAGCGGCUGUACCUGCCCGGCAUGCCCGGAUUGCAGUGCUGCUUAUACCAGUUCAAGUACCUGCUCCACGACGCCGCCCCCCGUCUGGCAGCCCGCAUGGAGCGGGAGGGAGUGGAUCCCGCCCUGUACGCCACGCACUGGUUCAACACCGCCUUCGCCUACACGCUCCCCUUUGGCUACCUGCUGCGCGUGUGGGACGUCUUCCUGGCAGAGGGGAUCAAGACGCUCUUCCGAGUGGGUCUGGCGGUGCUGCAGCACGCGGAGCCGCGGCUGGUCCGGCUGCCCUUCGAGAGCCUUCUUAGCGCCCUCUCCGCCAAGAACCUGGCGGCGCUGCUUCCGCCCGACCCGCAGCAGCUGAUGCGGCGGGCGCUCCGCAUCCGCGUGUCCAGGCGGCUAGGGGAGCUGCGGGAGGAGUGGGAGGCAUUGCAGCAGCAGCAACAGGGGCAGGGGCAGCAACCGGCUGGAGGGGGGCGCUAGCAGCUGAUGUGCGUGCGGUGGCGGCAGCACGGGGCAGCUGCUGGCAGCAGUAUCGUUUUUCUUGGGUUGCAGCAGCAGUAGGGCCAAUAGCAGCGUAUGCAAGCGCGGGGCAGCAGCAGCGGCGACAACGGAGGAGGUCGUGGCAUCAGCUACCCGUACAUGGCGUUGCGGAAUGAUGAGCAUGGUGAGCGAGAGUGUGCGAGGAGAGGUCAAGGGGCACAUCCGGCUGUAGUUAGGUAGUUAGAAGGUGGUAGGUUUGGACAUGGUUUGCAUUUAUAGUGCAUCUUGCAUGGUGGUGGUGGGGUGGAGACGCAAGGAGGAUGUUCCGGGAUCGAAGGGUUUGCUUCCAACUUGCGGAAAGAACGCAGGACACAGGAAUGCUGGACGUAUGCAGUAAGGAUGCUUAGGCAGACGGUAGGACUUGAGUACGGUGCAUUAGUCAGCGGUCGUACAGCGCAUGUUUUGUCCCAACCUUGUUUUUGUAGGCGACGCUUGACCCCAGAUGCGAGUCCGCUUUAGUUGAGUCCGCUAAACGGACGUUUAGCCAAGCAGAGGAUGGGAGGAUAGUCUACUAGUUGUGCAUGUCGUCUGCUAGUCGUGGUGGGACAGUGGUCUUGGCAGCUAUGGUGGCGGUGGGUUGUUAAGCAAGCAAGAUGGGACGCAUAUCCGGACUUUCCUUGCGAGUAUCGGGUGGCCAAGGGCUUUUAAGGCCCAGGAAUGGCAAAAGUACGGCAGCUUUGUUGGACUGUUUACUGACGCAUACGCCCUCAGGCUCUUUGCCGGUUACUGCGAGGUCGGGACGUUCUGUGUUAGCAGUUACCGGUAGUUGUGUGCCCUGCUACCGGGUGCUUCAUAAUGGGACCGUGCUUGGCCGGGGCUUGAGUGCAUCGCUCACGGAAACGGGGGAAUUCCUGUUGUAUUUCACGUGCCACCGUAAAAAAGCCUGCAUGCGUGAUGUCUACGUUUGGAACGCUGGAGGCAAGGGACGUUUACAUGUGCUGUGUGCGCGGGGUAACGUGCAAGCGGCGUUGCAUGCAUGCGUUGCAAUAUACCUUAUGUACUUGUUGACGGUGCUUUCAGGGGUAUUACAUUUGGCCCCCGGCUCGUACGUCUGUCUGUCCAAUAAUGAAAGCGUCAAUGCGUCUCCAUGCAGACCAAACGAUUGGCAGCGCUCUCUUUCAUCCUCUAUCCUACCUGCUCUAAAUCUCCCACCACCUCGAGCAUGAAUACCUGAAGAGAUAGCUCGACAGGUAUAAUAAUACAGUUCAUGGAACGACU